GCAACCAAAGCAAUGAUCCGAGUCUAGGAGAAGAAGAGAAGUGAGCGAAGGAAGGGAACAUAAACAUGUGAAUUGAACACAGCCGUUCAUUCUGCUGUUUUUCAUAUUCUUCCCACAGGAGAAGAAGGAAGCAGGAGAAAUUACUUCAGGAGAAACUAACAUACUAUUGCAAAGAUGGAGAUUAAGGAAGAACCCUGCAGAAUAAAAGAUGAAGAUACAGAGGAACAAAUAGGCCUGAUGGAAGUGAAUGAAGACAAACAGCAUAAGUUUCAGAAACCUCAUCAUUUCCUAAAGAUGGAAGAUGGAAAUGUAGUCGUGUCACAGACUGAAAAGAGUUUCACACAGAAACAAGCUGGAAAAACUGGAGUUAAACGGUUCACCUGCUCUGAGUGUGGAAAGAGUUUUAGACAUAAAGGACACUUAAAUGAACACACGAAAUGCCACACUGGAGAAAAACCGUUCACAUGCAUUCAUUGUGGAAAGAGUUUCGGUCGCAAAGAUGACUUAAACGUGCAUAUGAGAGUUCACACCGGAGAAAAACCGUUCACAUGCACUCAGUGUGAAAAGAGUUUCACUCACAAAAGCUCUCUCAAUGUUCAUCUGCGCCGUCACUCUGGAGUGAGAUCAUUCAGCUGUGAUCAGUGUGACAAAACAUUUGUUGUUUCAUCAGGCUUAAGAAGACAUGUUAAAGUUCAUGCUGCUGUUAAGCCUCAUGUUUGUUCUUUUUGUGGAAAGAGUUUUUCAGAACUGUACUCUUUAAAACAGCAUGAAAGUAUUCAUACUGGUGUGAGACCUCAUGUGUGCUUUGACUGUGGGAAGAUCUUUAUUACAUCACACAAAUUAAAAAUACACCAUAGAGUUCAUACUGGGGAGAAACCGUACAAGUGCUCACACUGUGGAAAGAGUUUCUCUGAGUCAAGAAACCUGAAAGAUCAUGAGAGAGUUCAUACUGGAGAGAAGCUGCACCAGUGCUCAUCAUGUGGGAAGAGUUUUACCAAUCUAUCUAAUCUUUUGACUCACAAGAAAAAGUAUUGCCCAGAGGUGUCUAAGUGAGUAAGUUCAGAUCCAUGACUUGUAAAUAAUUAAUUUCAUAAAUAAUUUGUUAUUCAGAUUAUGCAAAGAUGAAAGUAUCUUUAAUACAGUAAUCUAAUCUGAAAUUAGUAGUAAAGUUUGAUUGUUUGACAAGGGUACUAUGAUAUUGAAAGUUAAAAUGAACUGGUUUGUAUUCAAACAAUUAACCUUUAAACAGGCAAGAGUGGAAAAUGAUCAUCAAAAAAAUUAAUAAUAAUAAUAAUAAUAAUUUCAUGUCACUUUUUAUAUCAUCUGGAUUUAAGUAAAAAAUCCAAAGCCAUUUUUUAAAUAUUUCAUAUAGUUUGGAUUUUAUGAGUUGUAUCUCCUAGAAUAUGUUGCCCUAUUUAGGUAUAAAAAAGGUCAAAGUCAUCAAAGUUUCUGUGAUUUAUUUGAUGCAAAAAAAAAAAAAAAAAAAAAAAUGUAAUAUGCAAAAUAUACUGCAUGUAUGAUAUGUCUAAGUAUCCUAAAUUUGAGCCAUAUGCAUUAUAUGUAUAAUGUUUUGUCUUCAAGCUCAGGGUCCAUAGUCCUGCAGGGUUUAACUCCAUCCCUAAACAAUCAUAUAAUGUAAUUUAUGAUAUAACUUAUAAUUUUCUAAGUAAUCCUGAAGACUUUGGUUAGAUUUUUCAGGUCUGUCAGAGUUUAACUCUGCAGGAUGGUAUCCCUCCAGGAGCAGGGUUGGACACCCCUGUUCAUGCCACAUUAAAAGGCACGGAAAUGGUAUUAAUUUUUUUAAUCUAAUCAAAUGGAUAUCAUUUGAAAUAUGAGACUUUGUUCAAUAUCAAAAGUAACAAAGCACAAAGCUUAUUUUCGAUUUAUUGGAUGGGAGGUGCAUUUCAAUGUUCAGUUCAUUCAUCAACUGAAAACAGGAUAGACUAAUCAAUUCUUGGGAUUUAAGAAAUGAUACUGGUUCGUAAAAAUGUGAAUUGAUUAAAAUCAAGAUAUUUUUAAGCCCUAGUAACAACUCAUUCUGUUGGUGCAGUUGUGGCCUAAUGGUUAGAGAAUCAAACAUAUAGGGUAAAGUGGGGGAGAAGGUCUUAAGGGCCCCCUUUAAGGACUGUAAUUUUUUUUUCUGUUAAAUAAAAGUUAAAUGUGUCCAGUUAUAGUUAUCAUAGUUUUAGUGACAAUGACAUACAUUUUAAAACAAGUAUGAAAAAUGUCCAGAAUUUUCAUGUUAUGUAUGGUCUUUAGUGGCUGUUCAAACACAUUUGACCACAUGAGCGUUUCCACUACGAAAGCAAUACAGUCAAAUUAGUUUUCGACUACCUCUGGAAGUGGUCGAAAGUGGACAAGCUCAAAACGUUUUACACCCCAUUUUAGCAUUGUCCAUUUGUUAUCCGAUCAACCAAAACACAUCUUAAUACCAGGUGGAAACGGCCUAUACUGUAUAUAGUUAUGGCAAUAGUUUGGCAGCACCACAGAUGUUCUUCAAGACGGCGCCAUUUGCAUUCAUUUCAUUUAAUCUUGUUGGAUCCGUCGGGAUUCGUAAACGUAUACUAUCUAAUGAAUAAAGUUUUUAAAGAUAGCUUAAGCUUUAAACAGGGGGAGGAGACUGAUUGCCUUUUAAACUCCUCUACUUACUAGUCACUUUCACAACAUGGAGUGUAAAAAAGAUGGACAGAAAAUCAAGCCAAAGUAUUCCGGUCUGUAGUUUCACAGCCUCGUUUUGUUUAUAAUUGCGCUCUUGCUAACAAUUCUGACAUAAACUUACAGUGAAAAUGUUUUUAAAUUAAGUCUGAAAGAGUUGUCAAAGAUUUAUGGUGGUAAUAUGAGAAAUAUUGAGAUGUAUGCUGUUUGUCUUCAUUCACUUCCAUCAGGUCUAAAAUCAACAUAUAAAUUUCUCAAAAUUAAAAUAAAGGAGAAAUGAGAACAACAAUAAAUAUACCAGGUGAGUCACAAUUAAACAAAACUGGAAAAAAGACUCAAUUUUUCAUCUUAAUGUUCUGUAGUAAUCUUUAAAGAGAAUGAAGAAAAACACCAACCUAUUUGUUCCUCAGUAUCUUCAUCUUUUAUUCUGCAGGGUUCUUCUUUAACUCAUCUUUACAAUAGUAUGUCAGUAGUUUCUCCUGGAGUAAU